AUGCCGUUGACGAGGUACCAGUCUCGCAACGAGUACGGAUUAGCAGAUCCGGAUCUGUAUCAAGCCGCCGAUAAAGAUGACCCUGAAGCUCUCCUCGAAGGAGUCGCUAUGGCUGGUCUCGUUGGCAUUUUGCGUCAACUCGGUGAUCUCGCCGAGUUUGCUGCUGAGAUGUUCCAUGACUUGCAUGAAGAAGUAAUGGCAACUGCUUCUAGAAGCCAUGGUCUUAUGGCUCGUGUACAGCAGCUUGAAGCUGAAUUCCCUUACAUAGAGAAGACGUUACUGUGCCAGACCGAUCAUUCACCGUUUUUUUCUAAUAAAGGUGUGGAAUGGCAUCCGAAUCUACAACUGGAGCAGAGUGUGGUUACACGCGGUGACUUACCCCGCUGUGUAAUGGAUUCUUAUGAGGAAUGUCGGGGUCCCCCUAGACUGUUUCUUCUGGACAAAUUUGAUAUUUCGGGAGCUGGGGCAUGCUUGAAACGCUACACUGAUCCGUCAUUUGUUAGGCUCGAAACAUCUUCAUAUGAAGCAACAUGGGAUGAUAUUCAAAGAGAGAAAAAAUCACAGAAAGCAAAGAGGAGAUCAUCUCAUUGGAGGAAUGGAGGAACACCCGAAAAUGCAGUAACAUCACAUGCCAAAUUGCAUGAAUUAUUUAUGGAGGAGCAAUUAGAGACUCAUCAUUCAGAUCCAGCGCGAGUUGUGAAGUUGAAAACUAGAAAGCUGGAUGGGUAUUCCCUUAUUUCAAAGUCAGGAGAGAGCUACAUGGGGAAAUUUGUGCGGACUUCUGUUGAUAAUAAAACAGGUUAUGAUUUAUAUUCCCCAAACCCCGAAUUGUUUACAUGGAAUAUGGAUAGUGUUAGAGACGGAGUAACCGAUAUACCUGAAAUCAAUAUGGUGGAUGCUCGUAAAAAGUCUCAUGGAAGAAGCAGAAGAGAUGUUUCAUUGCCAAAUGAGCAGGAAAAUGUGGCAAAUUCUAACUUAAAUGUUGGUAUUAUUGAAAAAGACAUAGAGACAGUGCCUGAAUCUACUCACAAGGAGGUCUCUGGUACAACUAUUACAAAGGAGUCACGGACUAAUAUGAAUGGAAAGCCAGGAUUUCUUCAACAUAGGAGUUACUCUGAAGAUUUAACCAGUGAGGCUGACAAUUAUGUGGAUGCACCAGCCACCAUGGAGUCGGAAACAGAAACAGAGGAUGAGUGUAGACCUAAGAAUAGAUCAGAAGCUUUGAAGGAUGGGAACCAUCAUACAUAUUCUGAUGUAGAUGAAGAGAGAAUGGAGGACCCGUCUCAGUUUUCAUUUUUCCAUUCAGUUGAAAACACACCAGUGUCAGAAAAUGGGCAAAACUCGUUUGGAAAGCAGAGCACUAGUUUUUCUUACUCGGACACUGCAAGCAUAUCUAUUGAUGAUCAAUCUGAUGGAGAGAAAAUUUCUGGACGUUUACCAUCUACUUCUAGUUAUAAGAGUGAGCUGGUGGAUUCCACGUCUCACGCAACUCCUGAAGCCAACAAAGUAUCUCAUGAUUUUAAUGUUCAGGAAUCAGUUAGUAGCAGCAAUGCAGAUGGCCAGACAUCAUUUAGUUCGAAUGAUAAAUGUUCAAGUCCAAGGCCAGUCUCUCAGAAUGCUGAAUCGUGUUCACUCUCUGUUCAAUCUUUAGCACCAGAAGUUGUUGAAACUUCUCCAGAAUAUGGUAGACUUGAUCUUAGCAAGGGAUGCAAUGUUGGAAGCGAGGUGGAUCCAAUCGAUUCUUCAAGAUCCGGUGCAACUUUUGAUGUUAAAAACUCUAACUUUCCUUCUGAAACUUCGUCAAUCAGUUCAAAUUCUGAAGGAAGCAGAUAUGAUCCUACCGUUGAGAAGAGCUGUAUGGUUGAUUAUUCUUCAAAUUUAGUAAACUCAGGCACUAGUCCUCAAGUGUUUGUUGAUAAUCAAGCAGGUAAACAGUUACCUGUUGCAGAUAAUGAUGUUGAAUAUAAGACCAACUCUCCAAUUGCUUCUUCCAAUGUCUUGGCAAAGUCAGGUAGCGAUUCUAAAAGCUGUGAUGGUAGUAGCCUAACAGGAACAGUGUUACCUUGCUCACCUGGGAUGGGGAUGGAAGUUUCACCUGAUAUGCCCUCUAAAGUUAGUGGUCCUAGUACAGUAGAUGAAAUUCACUUAGAAGAUACUCUUGGUGAUGAAAACGAGUGCGUUGCAGUGACUAAUGCAGUUGCUGACGUUGAUUCUCCAAACUCAGUUGCUGAUGUUGACAAACUCGAGACUGGCAUGUCCGUGCCUACCGAAGUUAAUAGUGAGCUGACUUCUGAUUUUAACUCAGGAGGAGAGAAAUUGGUGGGAGAUGCUUCACCUGCUUGUAGCAAAUGCGACGAACAGAUCUCUGAUAUACCUGUUGAAUUUCAUCCUAGUUCUAUGCAUGAUGAAGGCAUUCAUGACCUUCCGGGGGUGGACAAUGCAGCCACGGACAUUGUCCCGAAUCUAGAGCUUGCUGUGUCUGAUAAUGACUCUGAAACUUCCAGUGGUGAUGUUAACCAUGCUUUCAGCCUGCCAUUUACUAGUUUGGGAACUUCUCUGCCUUGGAUUUCGACUAAUACUCAUAAAUCGUCUUCUGAAGCUGGAAAGAUUUGUCAAGAUAUAGUUGUGGAGUCCGACGGGGCACUACAAGCAGAAAAUAAUCCAGAGUCAGAGAUAAAAACGCAAGAGAGCCCACUGGAAGUGUCUUUAGAAGGUCUGGGUAGUGCCCUAGACAAUAAUGACGUGGAAAAUUGUGAAUCUUUAAGUCCGAUGACAUCACUGGAUCAAAGUGACGGAAACACAGAAACCAAAUCUCCUUGUAAGAGCAUUUUCGAUGAUAAUUGCAUUGAUUCUUCUUCACCAGUGAAUAAUCUGAACCUUUUAGAGAGUGUGACGAGUGAGCAGUCAGUUAAAGUGCAAGCACCUUGUGCAAGUGAUGCAUUUGCAGAUGAGGAAUUGCUGCUGUCAAGUGUUUCCAGGGGCUUACCUCAAUCAGCAGGCAUAGUAUUGAAUAGUCCUGAGCAAGAGUUGAAUCUGGAUCCUACUUUUCCUAGCUUUGGUUUGAUCCCUGAGACUACUCCCGACCAGGAGGACAUGCCACCGCUGCCGCCCCUUCCUCCUAUGCAAUGGCGCGUUGGGAAGGCUCCACAUUCUUUUUUCCCUACCUUCAUGGGAGAAUCAUUUGAAACCAGUAGUUCUGCUCCAUCAGCGACACCACCAGUUGGUUCUAGCUUCAAUAUUGCAAUCGGGUCUAAACCAUCAGAGUUGUCUGUAUCUCCAGGAAGUGACAAAUCAGAACAGCUUCCUGAAGAGUUUGUGAACAAUGCAUCAGAAGGGCUGUUGCAAUCAUCCAUUCAGUUCCCAACCAUUGGCACUGAUUUGAAUAGUCAAUAUGACAGUUUUGGCUCUCAGAGGACUCAGUCAGUGGAUCUUUCUGUUAAUCUCCCUACAAUGCCUAAUCAGGGACGUAAAGAGGAUUUUGCUUCUGAAGAGAACAAUCUUUUGGCUGACCAUGCAGCUCAGAACCAAGAGGUCGCUUGUUCACAAGAGUCGUCAUCGCAGCUACCUCAGGAACCAGUAGCGAAAUACGAAGAUUUCAAGGACGACACAGAAGUGCAUGUGUCACAAAGCUCAGGAGGUCAUUACAGUUGUCCUGAAACCGAAGACUUGACGCCAACUCAAUCAACAAAGGUGGAAGAUAAUGGCCAUUAUGUUCCUGAUGCUUCAAAUCCAGAGACUGCAGAACCAUCAAGCUCAUUAGUUCAGAAGAUAAUUCCUGUUUCAGUGGGAGAUGCUAUGUGGCCUGUCGGCGCGUUCACUGUUGCGCCUACCUUGGACACAAAUAAACCAGAAGAGGUCCCUAUGGUUAAGCUUCCUCGGCCAAGAAGUCCGCUUGUUGAUGCCGUUGCAGCUCAUGACAGACGCACGAUGAAGAAAGUCUCUGAGAGGGUCCAACCACCAAUCAAAUCAAAGCAAGAUGACAAAGAUUCAUUGCUUGCACAAAUACGAAACAAGUCUGUCAAUCUGAAGCCUGCAGUAGCGACACGUCCCAGCAUUCAAACUGGUCCUAAAACUAACUUAAGAGUGGCUGCAAUCUUAGAGAAAGCAAACACGAUACGCCAGGCAAUGGCUGGAAGCGACGAGGACGAAGAUUCAGAUAGUUGGAGUGAUUCUUGA